AACUGGGAAAACAUGUCUCCGACUAGCGUCCUGCUGAGGUCCACCGACCCUCUCUUUUUAUCAGCAUAUUAUUUCAGUCUGACAAAAUACUCGUUGUUUUGUAUUUUUUUAGCUGGGAAACAAAAACUUACAAACCAGGCCGGCCUGGCCGCUUACCUGGUUCCCCCCGUUGGUCAGUGGUGCAUCCCAAGAUGGAGGGCGCAGCCCUGGGACACUGACGCCUGGCCCGCGUGGGAGCGAGCGGGGUUCGGGACAGCGGGAGCGGCCGGGGGACAGCGCCAUGCCUCACAAGAAGAAAAAGCCCUUCAUAGAGAAGAAGAAAGCAGUGACAUUUCACUUAGUGCACCGAAGUCAGAGGGAUCCUCUUGCUGCUGAUGAUACUGCACCCCAGAGGGUUCUGCUGCCCACACAGAAAGGGCAUGAGGAGCGAAGAAGGGAAGAGCAGCGCAAGUAUGGUGUCUUCUUUGAUGAUGACUAUGACUAUCUGCAGCACCUCAAAGAAGCCUCUGGUCCCUCUGAGCUUGUCCCAUCUGUGCGUGGACAGCAAAGCAGAAUUGUCAUCACAAAUGAGGGGCACAUAGAGGAUGAAAUUCAGAGAAUUUCAGCUCCAUCCAUUAAGUUGCCUUCCUCAGUGUUUGCCACAGAGUUUGAAGAGGAUGUGGGCUUGUUGAAUAAAGCUGCUCCUGUUUCAGGACCACGCCUAGAUUUUGACCCAGAUAUUGUUGCAGCUCUUGAUGAUGAUUUUGACUUUGACAAUCCAGAAAAUAUUCUGGAAGAUGAUUUUGUUCUGCAAGCAAAUAAACCACAGAAGCGGGCACCUGAUGCUGAGGAUGAAGAUGAAUGGGAAGAUAUGGAAGAUGAUAGUGAUGAAAAGGAUAGCUGCAGUACUGAUAGAGACUAUGAUUCAGAAGGUCCUUUGUCAGAUGGUGAGGUUAAUGGACAGCCAAAAGAAUUCCUUUUCAUGCAAGAAGAAACCAGGAGUCGUUUCACGGAAUAUUCUAUGACAUCUUCAGUAAUAAGACGGAAUGAGCAGUUGACCCUCUUGGAUGACAGAUUUGAGAAGUUUUAUGAACAAUUUGAUGAAGAUGAGAUUGGAGCCUUAGAUAACGUGGAGUUAGAAGGCUACAUUAACACAGACAAUGCUCGGCUGCAGGAAGUCCUGGAUGAUUACUACAAAGAGAAAGCAAAGAAUUGUGUGAAAUUGGAUGCUCUUGAACCUGAUGAAGAUUUGGACUCUCCAGCAAAUGAAGAAAGUGAGGAGGAAAAGGAAGAAAUAGUAACUGUAGUUAUUGAGGAGCCAAAAGAAAAGUGGGAUUGUGAAUCCAUUUUGAGUACUUAUUCAAACUUAUAUAAUCACCCAACACUUAUUAAGGAGCCAUCAAAGCCCAAACCAAUAAAAAUUUCUCAGAAGACUGGAAUUCCCCUACACGUCCUGCCUCAGAAGGGUCUCACUGCUAAGCAGGUGGAGCGCAUGCAAAUGAUAAAUGGCAGUGACCUGCCAAAAGCAUCAACACAGCCUCGUUCCAAAGCUGAGAGCAAAGAGGAUCGCAAAGCCAGAAAACAGGCAAUAAAAGAGGAGCGAAAGGAACGCAGAAUGGAGAAGAAAGCCAACAAGCUGGCCUUCAAACAGGAGAAGACAAGACAAGAGAAAGAGUUGCUCAAUCUGAAACAAAAUGUGCAAGGUCUGAAGCUGUCCUGAUGAAACUGAGAAACUUACUGUAGAACUAUCCCUAAUUUUUCAUUUGUGUUGAGAAGGGAACUGCUAACUCACACCUUUGCCAGUCCUGCUCAAAGAGGGUUCUUCAAAUCUCACUGUAACAAGACCCAGUAAUUUGUCAUUUUUCUGAAGUGAAAUUCUAUAUAAAAUAAUGUAUUGGUGAUAUCUAUUCUGUCAUGAGUGACAUGGCAAUUGCUGCAAAGUUUCAUUACAGCAGAAAUGUAUUAAAAUUACAAAUAUUUUUCUUACUAGUUAUCACUGAACAAGGUUUUAUAUGUAUUUGUUGAAUGUAUUCAACAAAUCAGCAGAAUCCUACAGAUUUGAUCUGAUUAGAUUCUUCUAUUAAAUUAUUUCAGUUUACAAAACAGUAUUUUCAUUUAUGUCUUUUCUCUCUUAUACUGAUGGUUGAAUAUAGUUCCUUGCUAUAAUACAGUUUUGUAUGUCAAGGAGUUUACACCCACUCUUCCUUGGGGUUUUUUUUGGGUAGAUUAUUUAUUGUUUUGGUACUAUGAUGGGAGCCUUUUGUCUGAAAAGCUGUUCUCCAACUGGACAUCGCUGUUACCUAAUCUGAGUUUUACAUUUCCUGGCAAAUAAAAUGUGUCACAAGGAGCGUUGCACUUACAGAAGUCAGUGACCCUUAAUGUUGCCAUUGGAAUUGGCUUUGCUGGAAGUACUCAGUCUGAGUAGAAUGGCAGACAAACAGCAGAUACUUGGAUAAAAAGUGUGUGUUGCAGAUAGUGUGUUGCAGAUAGUCACUGCCUUAGUGUCUCUAGAAUACCCUUCCUCAGGUCUUGGGUUUAACUUGAUUUAGUUGGAAUACAAACUUAAUACCUGCUCCUGUUGUUAUAAAAACUUCCUAAAGAUGAGCUGAGGGCCACAAUCUGUAGGUUUGGUGUGAACUUGAAUGUUUAUACUGUGAACAUGAAUUGUUUUGAUAGUGACUGGUUCAUAAUGUGAGUAAAAUGAAUAGGAUUUUUAGUCAGCCCUGAAUCCUUCUGUACUCAUUAAAAAACUCCUCAGGUUUAUGUCUGUAUGUUACAGACAUAAUCUUCUGCCUUUAUGUGAAAAGUUAACUUUUUUACUGGAAGGUGACAUGAUGACACCAAUACAUCAGUGCAGUGGCCUGACUACUGGUGAAUUCAAAGCAUCUUCAAUAUUCCUUCAGUAGUUUUGUGAAUACUAGAUAGAGACAAGAUAACAGGCACUGAUAAAGUCUUUUAAUGUACAGAAAAUUCAAAAUACUUGUUUUUAUUGGAAGAAAGCUUUUAUAAUAUAUUUUGAUUGGUAAAGCAUCAUGAUUUUGGAGAAGGGAAUAAAGUGUCUGAAUCUGCAAGUCUUGGUUACUGCUCAGAAAGCUAAAGUAUCAUGUACAGUAUACACAUCUAGAUUAAGCCUUCAUUUUCUAGAAUUGUCUGUUAACAGAAUCAGUAAGAAAUAAUCUCUAAGAUUAGAAAAAGUUUUAGUAUUUUCCUUUAGCUGAUGCUGGUGCUAGUUUUCAUGUUUUUGACAAGCUUAAGCAGGAUCUGCCUGUGUCUUAAUUGCUAAUUGUCUAAUCACUGAUUCUGUGGUAACUGGAACACUGACCACCCGGUACUCAUGAUUCCUGACAGCAAAACAGAAAGGAAAUCUGAGAACCAAGUCUGUUGAGGUGAGUCAGAUACCAGGAAAUAAGUUCAAUGGAACAAGUAAGUAACAGAUUCUGUUCAGUGCUUUGGGGUGGAAAUAUGAUUUUGUGGUUUACCAAAAAGGACAGUCUUACUAAAGCCAGUGCACACGUUCUUUGCUAGGUUUCUCAUCACUGAUUCAGUGGUACUGUGCUUAUACCUAAAGUCCUUUAAAAUAAAAACAAAAAUAAAAGGAAAAACUAACAUCUAGAGGGGAUGAGAACAGAAUAAAGAAGUGCGGGAGGAAGGCACUUGAAAUGAAGAGUGUAGUCUGGACCAAGGACAGACACAGCUGUGGCUUGGAAACAAAGGAGGAAAGACAUUUAAACAGAGGCAAUAGGAAAGGAGUCAAAAAGGUUUUGGAAUUGCUGUGUUCCUCUUCACUUGUAAUCAGUGAAACACUACAAUAACCUUAAUAGUGCUUUGGAGUGUGGUAAAAUCCCAAGGAAAAGGUAAAAAACUAAAGCAGUCAUUCAUCUGCUUAGCAAGGCAAGGAUUUAUUUUGUUUUAGCACAAGGAGGUAAAGAACACUUACAUGAGAAGUCCUUACAGAAGUUAAUUUAAUGAAGUACCUCUGUAGGUUGCAAGUCAAAUGAAAAGGACUCUCCUUUUCCUGAAGUUUUUCUAAAGGCUGUUUGUGUUUACUAGAAGUCAUGUCCCUGUUCUGAAAUGAGUGUGAUUGUCUUGGAGUUAGAAGGGCCUGAAACUACUUUCCAUGUAACUUUAACACCUACUUUUUCCCAAAAAAAAGGUGAUUUAAACGCAAAUCUCAACAAAUUUAACAUCUGUAAAGUAAGAUCAUCUUGGAGUGCUGUUUAGCAUAUCAUGGAAGCAUUCCACCUUAAUAAUGAAGAUUGUGCCACACUUUGCAUGAUACUUUCUACCUUAACCAUUACUGGGUAUCCACUAGCUGAUAUCCAAACCAUAAAUCUGGGAGGGUGCAGGUCACCUGCCCUGAAUUUAGGCAGUGGUGAACUUAAGUAUUGUUCCACCAUCUCCUCUGCCAGCUGUGAUGUCAUUGUGAAAGCACUUACCUGAGCAGUCAUGUGGAAAAUGGAAUGCUGCCUGUCAUAGCUAAGGAGAGCUUGUGCUGUGUUGGAGCAGGAUAAAUGAGGAGGGAGUUCUGCAAAAGGGAAGCCUGCUGUACUUGGACAGCUAUUGGAAGUUUUGGUGAAGUCCUUCAGGAGUUAAACUGAACCCAAAAUAAAUAUUGCUGCAGCUCCCUGCUCCUGGAUCUGAUCCAGUGUUCCAAGGAAGCUUCAAAAGGAAGUGCAAGCCCUUCAGCAUUUUGAGACAGAGACUAUAGGCAAGAGAAAUCACCACUGUGAAGACACAGCCCCUGCAAAGGACUCUAUACAGUGUCCAUUAUGCUCUCAAACGUUUGCUGAGGCUCUGUGACAGAGGGACAUGGAGUUUUGUGGAAAGCAAGCUGUCAGCCAUGCUGCAAACUCCACCAGACAGGCUUUGGACAAGCAACCAUUGACUGAGAGAAAAACUCCAACAUUAACACCUGCUGUGUUAGCACUUCUGGAGAGAAUACAAAAAGAGAAACAUAAACCAGAGACCUCUUCAGAAACACCGAAGAAAACAGGAAAAUCUAUGAGUGUGUCCCCUGUGAAGAUUUCCUCAGGAAAGGUUGGAUCAUGAUGUUUGGUGCUCCUGCUCCUCAGACCAUGCAGUCACUGGGGUUCCCAUCUCUGGACAUGCCCAGCAAGUCAGAGCAGCAAGAAGCCCUUACAGCCCCUGUUUAAAGGUGAUUGUGGUGCUGUUGCUCAAGAGCUUUCAGAGCACAAGUGGACAUCAGAAGAUAAGAGUGACAGGUCAACAAGGAUGCGUUAAGGCUUUCUGCUGACACAUCAUAGAAGAUCUUAAGCAACACAAUUUUUCAGCACCACUUCCCUCUGAAAUACUACAGCUACCAAUAAAAUAAGCAAACUGUAA